AUGGAAGGCUUCAAUCCGGCUGACAUAGAACAUGCGUCACCGAUUAAUUCAUCUGACAGCCAUUCAUCCUCCUUUGUAUAUGCUCUACCCAAAAGUGCUAGUGAAUAUGUAGUCAACCAUAAUGAGGGUCGUGCAAGUGCAAGUGGAAAUCCAGCCGCAGUGCCGUCUCCCAUAAUGACACUGAAUCUCAAAAGCACACAUUCCCUCAAUAUUGAUCAGCAUGUUCAUACCUCAACAUCGCCGACGGAAACUAUUGGGCAUAUUCAUCAUGUGGAAAAGCUGAAUCAAAACAAUUUGAUUCAUCUGGAUCCAGUACCCAACUUUGAAGAUAAGUCCGAUAUUAAGCCUUGGUUGCAAAAGAUUUUUUAUCCUCAAGGAAUAGAACUUGUGAUAGAAAGGUCGGACGCAUUUAAAGUUGUCUUCAAGUGUAAAGCUGCUAAAAGGGGAAGGAACGCGAGAAGGAAAAGAAAAGAUAAGCCCAAAGGACAGGACCACGAAGACGAGAAAUCCAAGAUCAAUGAUGACGAAUUAGAAUAUGCGAGUCCUUCUAAUGCCACAGUAACCAAUGGGCCUCAAACAUCGCCCGAUCAAACAUCCUCCAUAAAGCCAAAGAAAAAAAGAUGUGUAUCGAGGUUUAAUAACUGUCCGUUUAGAGUACGAGCUACUUAUUCGUUAAAGAGGAAAAGAUGGAGCAUUGUUGUAAUGGACAAUAACCAUUCACAUCAGCUAAAGUUUAACCCUGAUUCCGAAGAGUACAAAAAAUUCAAAGAAAAAUUAAGAAAGGAUAAUGACGUAGAUGCAAUCAAGAAAUUCGACGAAUUGGAAUACAGAACUUUGGCCAAUUUGCCCAUUCCAACAGCUACAAUCCCCUGUGAUUGUGGUUUAACAAAUGAAAUACAAAGUUUCAAUGUCGUAUUGCCCACUAACAGUAAUGUUACUUCAUCAGCAUCCUCUUCAACUGUAUCGUCCAUAUCCCUUGAUUCAUCGAAUGCAUCUAAAAGGCCAUGCUUACCCUCUGUAAAUAACACCGGUAGUAUCAAUACCAAUAACGUAAGGAAACCGAAAAGCCAGUGUAAGAAUAAAGACACACUCUUAAAAAGAACCACCAUGCAGAACUUUCUCACAACUAAAUCAAGGCUGCGUAAGACCGGUACGCCAACAUCUUCGCAACACUCAUCUACAGCAUUUUCAGGAUAUAUUGAUGAUCCUUUCAAUUUGAAUGAAAUCUUGCCACUGCCGGCAUCCGAUUUCAAGCUAAACACUGUAACAAAUUUGAACGAAAUUGACUUUACGAACAUUUUUACCAAAUCGCCGCAUCCACAUAGCGGGUCUACCCAUCCAAGACAAGUCUUCGACCAAUUGGACGAUUGUUCCUCUAUACUCUUCUCUCCAUUAACUACAAACACGAAUAAUGAAUUUGAAGGAGAGUCAGAUGAUUUUGUUCAUUCUCCAUAUUUGAACUCAGAGGCAGAUUUCAGCCAAAUUCUUAGUAGUGCUCCCCCAGUCCAUCAUGACCCAAAUGAAACACAUCAGGAAAACCAGGAUAUUAUUGAUAGAUUUGCUAAUAGUUCCCAAGAACAUAAUGAGUAUAUUCUACAAUAUUUGACGCACUCCGAUGCUGCUAACCACAAUAACAUCGGCGUUCCAAACAACAAUUCACAUUCGCUAAAUACUCAGCAUAACGUUUCUGAUCUGGGCAACUCACUUUUAAGACAAGAAGCUUUAGUUGGCAGCUCUUCAACAAAAAUCUUCGACGAAUUGAAAUUUGUACAAAAUGGCCCACACGGUUCUCAACAUCCUAUAGAUUUUCAACAUGUUGACCAUCGUCAUCUCAGCUCUAAUGAACCUCAAGUACGAUCACAUCAAUAUGGUCCGCAACAGCAGCCACCGCAGCAAUUGCAAUAUCACCAAAAUCAGCCCCACGACGGCCAUAACCACGAACAGCACCAAACAGUACAAAAGGAUAUGCAAACGCAUGAAUCGCUAGAAAUAAUGGGAAACACAUUAUUGGAAGAGUUCAAAGACAUUAAAAUGGUGAACGGCGAGUUGAAGUAUGUGAAGCCAGAAGAUUAG